UUACGGACAUGAAGGUGCCACAUUGAAGAUGUCGUGCAUAAUACGAGGCGUGAAACUUUUUCAGAGGCUACAAUUCGGUCACAGACUUCGUGGUGAACCUUCUAAUUUAUUUUAAAGUUUAUCUCUCGAAAUGUUCAAUCCUCCGUCUGGAUUGAGCUCCCCAGAACUUUUCGAAUAUUACUACUAUAUAGUCAGAGUCAUCACAAGAGUGUCGGGGGUGAUUCCCCUAGACGAAAAUACUCCGUAUGGGAAAUGGAAAAGCAUAUUUCUGUUCAUAUUUAUAAAUGUGGGAUUAUUUUUGAUAUUUGUACCGCAUACUAUAGCGUCGUUUACUCUGCCUACAACUCUCAAUCAAGCCAUCGAUGUCGCAGAUAUAAAUUUCAUAGUUAUAAAUAUAUGGUCUAAAUUGGCGGUAUUGGCGUACCACAAAGAAACUCUGCUGAAGAUUCAAGAGAACAUAAAAAAGCUCUGGGGGGAAACCAGUUGUGCCGAAGAAAUUGCAGAGCUUAAAAGCUUUGCGAAUAAAGGAAAGAUCACAACCAUGUGUUAUAUAACUUUUUGCGUUCUUGUGACUGUGGGCUAUACAACCUUGCCACUCUUGGGUUCGAUCGAUGGUUUCGAAAAUGAGUCAAAACUCCCAUUUCGAAUCGGUAGAAGAAUUGAGUCAAAGUUACAUCUCACUAUCUUAUAUCUAGCCCAAGUGAUAGCGAUGCUGGUAAACUGCAUGGUCGUCGUUGGUGGGGAUAUGAUAGUCCCUGUAUUGCUAUUUCACAUCUGUGGACAUUUCAAAGUCAUGCAAAUGAAAAUUCUCAAGAUUGACAGAGAUUGCCCUAAUUCCAUCAAACUUCGAAACAACUAUCGCGCCAGCGAUACCAAUACUCCUACCCCGAGCGACGCGUCCGCCCUGACGUACAAUUCGUACGUGGAGUCCAGACUUGCCGAAUGCAUCGAACAUCAUCAGCUUCUUCUCAAGUCAGUGUGGCGUAGCCAGUUAUCGUCUGUUAUAAUAUUUUACACUUUUUCUUCUCUAUCCGGAUGCUUUUUCCUCAGUAUCUGGGCGGACAUGGAAAGAGCUUUCAACCUGAUAGGUUUAAUCCAGGCAAUAUCUGGCGUCUAUAGCGUUUUCAUAUCAGGAGCUGGUUUAUUGAUAAUAGAAGGGCAGAAAUUAAAAUACAUCCCGCACUUGAUCACCGCGUUUCUUCAGAUGUUAGCCUUUUGUUUGCCUGCAGAUAACUUGAUGGAGGAAAGCUCGAAAGUAUCUCACGCGGCGUUUAGUCUGCCAUGGUACAAUUGCUCGCUAAAAGUGCAGAACAACAUUUUAUACAUGAUGUCGAGAGCUCAAGAUUGCUGUCGAUACUCGGCAGGAAAAUUCUUCGUCUUAUCUUUGGUGGUGUAUACCACGAUAGUCUCAAACGGAGUUUCAGCCCUCACGGUCCUCUCUAAAGUCAUUUGAUCUCUGCGAAUAUCAUAUAUGUGUAAAACUAUGGUAGAAUUAAUUGAGAAAGUUGAAAAUACUGUCGACCGAAUGUGCACGGUCAUAAAAAAGAUUGAAAUGUUAUCUGGAUCAGGGAUUUCUCUUUGUAAUAUCAUAAUACGUUAUCAAUAUAAUCUAAAUAUCUA